AUGAGCAUUUCAAGUCGAGUACAAGCAUCACUUCAUACAACUUCUGAUUCAAAUGGUAUUACAGCAGCAUCAAAUCAUGGUAAAACACCAGUUAGGCUGUCCAAUAUUUGUCCAAAUUCACCAAGCCUACAUGAGAAGAGAUCCCAUAAAAGAUCUGCUAUUGUCAAGUACAUGGAAUGCCUCAAGAACCAUGCUGCAGCCAUAGGUGGCAAGGCCACAGAUGGGUGCGGAGAGUUCCUGCCGGGUGGCGAAGAAAGCUCCCUUGAAGCCCUUAUAUGCGCAGCUUGCGAUUGCCACAGGAAUUUUCACCAGAAAAUAAUCAUAGAACAAGGCUACUAUUUGCCCGAUCAAUUCCUUCCCUCCAGCCCAGCUUUUAAGAGUUAUCCUGAUAUGGGGGCAAAAAGGGCAGAAAAUGAAGUUGUAAAAAAGAGGUUCAGAACCAAGUUCAGCCAAGAACACAGGGAGAAAAUGUUGGGAUUUGCAGAGAAAUCUGAUUGGAAGAUACAAAAUGUGGAUGAAUCUGAGGUGAGCCAAUUCUGCCAAGAGAUAGGCAUAAAGCGGAAAGUGCUUAGGAUUUGGAUGCACAACAACAAAUAUAAUUACUUAGCCAAGAAAAACUCUACAACUUGA